AUGCAAUUGUUCGCAGAGGGUUUGGACUCAUAAAAUUUUGCUACAAGAAUAUGUUGUGGGAGACAUCUGUUUAUGAUCUUAAGAUGUAUUCCCCCUUAGUUAUUGAAUUAGUUGGUGGAUGAGAAAACUGCAUAUGACAUGCUCAAUCACACAGUAGGUUUAUUCAAAAAUACAAAAUUAUAAAAGACAGGGAAAACUUAGAAGGGUUUGGCUGUGAAAUUGGGUUCCUAUUUAUAACACAUCGCAUUUGAGGAGAGAAAAUAAAAUAAAUUAAAAUAAGCAAUAGUGGCAUUGAAAUAUGAAAUGGUUCGAACUAUUUGCGAGGACGACAAAAAGGAGUUGAGACUGGAUGCAUUAACCAACACAGAAUUAAAUGAUUCAACUCUUCCAUUUAUAAUAAUUAGAAUCAGAGAUACUGACGUGGAUGUGAGACUUUAGGUUUUCAAAAAGCUUAUGAAAAAUCAUUUCUCCAUAUCUCAAUUAACAACAUUAGAUUUAUAUUAAGUGAUCUAUGAUGGUUUAAAAAACAGUAGUUAGAAGGUGGUGGAGUAAUGCGAAUUAUUUUUACAGUAAUCUUUUGGUAAAAUAAUCUAAGAUGAUUAAAUAAUGUAGGAGGAUUCAAGAUAGAAAUCAGCUAGAAAAUCAAUGAAUGUUGAGUAAGUGAAUCACAUUCAUGAAGCAGUGAAGAGAUUUUUAAAUUUAUUUUAAAUUGAUAAAACUUUAAUAUUCCCUUAAUUAUAUUCCACAAUAUUGGAUGGAUUGAAAGCAAUAUUGAAAUCUGUUCAUUAGGAUGAAUUAUCAACUUAUUUCAGAGAUGCAUUAAGGAAUUUAAGCAAUUAAACAAGUGGACCAGAAAUGUCAUUUAUUAAAGUGUUGUGUCAGAUGUCUCAAAACUAAGAGUAAAAAGCCUAAUUACAAUAAUAAAUGAAUUUGAUAGUCGAUCACAAUUUCCCAGAAGGCACAUAAUUUGCUGAAAUUUUUAAUUAAGAUUUGGAUUUAUUGCAAUAUUAUGAAUUAUUGUAACUAGCAUAAUUGCUUAUCAAUUAAGAAGAGAUAGGAAGAACAAGACUAUUAGAUCGAAUGGUUGAGUUCAUCAGCAAAUACAAAAAACUAGACUGUCAAAGAUUGCAUAACCAAAAGUUUAAUGAGAUCUAUGAAGAUAGAAGUGAUUAAGAACUAGAGAGUAGAUGGUUUGCAUAACAUCAUUUUGAAAUGCCUAUUAUAAAAAGUUAUUACGAAUUAAUGAUUCCAUCAAUCAAAGUAAUUAAACUCCUAGUAUCAUCGUAAGAUUAAAUGGCAGAGUAGGUAUUUAAAGUUAUCCAAGAUCUAUAGAAAUAGAUUAUAGUUGAAAAUAUCUAAUAAUUAGAAUAAUCAUUGUAGGUCAGAAAAGAAGAAAGAGAAAAUUUAGAAUAAGAAAAGGAAGCUUUAGUUAAAAAGAAGAAACAAAAUGUGCAAUCAUUAUAAUUAAAUGAGCAAUUGCUAGAAUAAAAUUAAAAGGCCAUAUAGCAAACACUCAAUGAAUUGGAUAAGAUGAAAUAACACAACAAAAAUAUUGAUAUUCAUUGUCUAUAUUUAUUGGAUGCCUUGUUUAACUAAUUUGAUAUAGCCAAAAUAGAAGAUAGGAUUUUUAUCAGAUUAAAGACAAUCAUCACUACAAUUAGCGAGAAAUAUAAGAGUGGAGAUGAUUGUUUGGCUAAGAAAUUGAGUUUCAGAUGUUUGGGAUAUAUCCCAUUAUUUGGAAUUGAUGUUGGAGGAUCUACCAUUGCCACUUUGGCCAGAAUUUUGGAUUAAUCCAUCCCAACCUAGAAAAAUAAUGACAAUCCUAUGACCAUUACAGCUCUAAGAAGCAUUUUGGAUGCAUUAUUGAUGUAUGAUGACGAUUAGGCAUGGGUUAUUGAUUCAGAAACAUAUGGAAAAUAGAAGAUUCUAUAGAUUAUAAUGAAAUUUGCAUUCAAAUCUGAAGGAGUGAUCUAGGCUAUUGCAUUGGAAGGACUAUGCAAAUUAUUAAUUCAUGAUAAAAUUUUGAAGCCCUAAGUUUGGAUAGCUUAAUUUUUGUUUUUGUGGUUCGAUGUUAGAUUGCGUUCUCAAUAGUUGCCUUUGUAAAUUGUGACCAGUUUUCUUAAGCUUUACAUAACAUCAUCCUUACAAUUCUUAAGGAUUUUUGAAAAGGGAUUGGAAUUAUACUUUAGCAUUUGUUGUUAUUUGCAUUAUGUAAAGGAUUAAAUUCUUAAUCCUGAUCUAUUUGAUACACAACAAUGGCAAGAAAACUCAUUAAUAUAAGCAGCAAGUGCGGGAAUUAAAAUGAUGAGCUAUAAAAUAACUGGGUAGAAAUCCAAUCCAUCUUUGUCUGAAUUCAAAGAUAUUUUAGAAUCCAGAUCCUUAGAAUCUGAUUUCAUAGGACCAUAGGAAAGAUUUAUAAUGUACCUUUGUAAAUUAGUCAGUGAUCACAACAAUAUUAUUCUGUAAAAGGUCAUCACUUAAGUCACAAAACAAGCAGACUUUUUGGAGAUGUAUGACAUCAAGGAUGACGACAAUAAUAAAUUGAAACCAAAACUAUCAUUUUAUCAAAGUCUAAUCAUUAGUUUAGAAUAAUGCAUAGAAAGAUUAGAAAAGGCUAAUGCCGAUGUUAAAAAUGAGAACAACUUCUUGAAGGUGUUACAAGAAGAGGUAGGAUUACAAGCCUAAGAUGAAGGAUAAGUUCUUAGAGAUGCCAUCAUGAAGGACUUUGAAUUACAAAGAGAAGAUGCCAAUAAUUUAGUUAAAGAACUAAAGAAACAAGGAAUUAUUAUUUAGGGAUAAAAAUAAAAAGAACAAGUUCAAGCGGAAGAAAAUUAUCAAGGUGAAUCAGACUCAGAUGAGGGAGUCAAAAAAAAGAGAAAAUAAUCGAGUGACUCAGAAAUUCCAACCAGAAAGGGAGGAAAUAAGAAGAGAAGAUGA